CAUUCAGCAACGCUGGGUGACGCUAUCAUAACCUACCGCGCUAGCCGCCACAAUUCAGCCUCCAUUGAUUCCAUGUUCAUCCUCCAGAUCUGAAAGUCUCCAAGAGGGAAAAGCUCUACAGUUGACUCAAAUUAUCUGAUCUUUCCGAUUUCUGUUAUCACAAACAGAACGUGAAAAUGAGCCGAGCACGGGAUCCACACAGAUCUUUCUUCCCCUUUGGAAACCCUUUCCGAAUGAUAUCACCUAAAGGAUCUCAAAUGUCUCCACAACUUCUUGGAAUAUUAAAUUCUUUUGAGGCAACACUGGCAGAGAGGCUGAAGAAGCUUAUGCCGAAAAACAAGGAUGAAAUUCUUAGUAUAUCUUGGAUGACCCUGGCAAUGGAAUCACUUUGUGAAACUCAUAAUGAUAUAAAGAACCUUGCACUAGAUAUUGAUCUCCCUGUGACUGAUUGGGAUGAAAAGUGGAUUGAUGUGUACUUAGACAUUAGUGUGAAGUUGCUAGAUAUAUGCAUUGCAUUUAGUUCCGAGCUCUCACGUCUGAACCAGGGGCAUCUUUUGCUUCAGUGCGCGUUGCAUAAUUUGAACACUGCCUCGCCACAGCAGUUUGUUCGAGCAUGUUCUUCAAUAGAUGGAUGGAGGCAGCGUAUUAAUUCUAGCAAUCCUAGGAUUGAGAAAUGUGGCACCAUUUUAGAUAAUCUUUUGGGAUCACUUGAUUUGCCGAAGGUUAAGAAUUCAGCUAAAGGGAAGGUUUUGAUGCAAGCAAUGUAUGGAGUGAAGGUGGAGACAGCAUUUCUAUGCAGUGUGUUUGCUGCAGUUUUCUCAGGCUCUGCAGAAAAGUUGUUAGAUUUAGAUGUAGCUGACACAUAUUUGUGGGCUCAAGCUUUUACAAAUUUGCAGCAUAGUGUUAGAUUUUCCAAUGGAAGAUUUGAUGUAUUGAAGGAGUUGGAAGAGGUCAAUGCCUUUGUGAAGAAAUUAUACCCUAUAAUCCAGGGUGAACUAGAUACCGUUGAGACAGAAGCGCUUCAGAAGACUGUUGAGGAAACGGGCAAGGCGGCAGAGAAGCUUUCACAAGGACUAGAUCAUCUUGCAAAGGAAGUGGAUGGUUUUUUCCGAGUAGUCUUGUCUGGUCGUGAUGCUUUGCUAUCUUCUCUGAGGUCAGGUGCAACUUUCUACGACAGUAUCUCUGGGGGUAAAAUGGAUGACCAGGGAGUCAAUUGAGUGUGCUGGCAGCCUAACUCUGGUACAUACUGAUGGGCCUAGUGUAACCUGAUGUAUCAAAUAAGAAGAACGUAGUAACUGCCGAACAAAGUGGUUUUCCUCAUCUCCUCUUGGGCACACUUUUCAGCCUUUAUGGCGCUGAAUGAAUUCCUGAGAUGGUGAAAUAAUUCACACUGACGGGAAUCUCGUUGGCCAAGUUCUGCAACCUUGAAUUUGAACCAAUUCUCAAUGGCUAUAGGGGCCUAUACGGUUGAUGGUAUUCCUGGAAGAGGUAGAGACUCUGGUGAUUGCCUCUUGCUAUUCAAUCUGCAUGGGUACACCCAGUGACCAAUUAACUGUUUCAGAGACGGGGGAGGAGAAACAAUGGUGCGGGAGGAGGGGCUAAACGCUGCAACGGAUUUGGCUCGUCUCCAAGUGCUCCGGAAAUAAGGUGCAGGUAGAUAGAGAUGAUUGAUGGAAACAAAGUGUAUCUCGACGAGUAAAAUUGAUUAUAAAAAAAAUUAUCAAAUAGAGUUUCAGAAUAUUUUUUUAUCA